UUUGCUCUUUAACUGUGUUCCCCACAGUGUGCAGUUUACUGUCUGCGCUGUUGUUAUCUAACAGUGGGGAGACAUUAAAGGGUCAUGCCACUAAAUGUCGUAUUGGCCGGUCCGGCCCCCUGGGGGUUUCGCCUGGCAGGAGGAAAGGACUUCAGCCAGCCCCUGACCAUCUCCAGGAUCACUCCUGGCAGUAAGGCCUCCAUAGCCAACUUAUGUCCUGGUGAUGUCAUCCUGGCCAUCGAGGGAGUCCCAGCCACAGACAUGCUGCACUGUGAAGCCCAGAACAAGAUAAAAGAGUCUACCAAUCAGCUCCGGCUUACUGUUGAAAGGAAUGAAUCAAGACUCUGGUCACCACGUGUUGUGGACGAAGGAAGAGCUCACCCAUACAAAGUCAACCUGGAAGCAGAACAGCAGGAAUAUAAACCUAUUGGCACUGCUCACAACCGGAGAGCUCAGCCGUUUGUUGCGGCAGCGAAUAUUGAUGACAAGCGUCAGGUGGUCAGUACAGCCUACAACACUCCUAUAGGCCUCUACUCCUCAGGCAACAUCAAGGACGCCAUGGAGGGCCAGAUCCGAGGCCUGGUUCAUCAAAAACCUGAGAGCCCCAGGACUUUGACCAGCAUUGAGGAUUCUGACGUGUACCAGAUGUUACAGAAAGACCAGGAGGAGCCCCAGGAGCCUCGGCAGUCUGGCUCAUUCAAAGCCCUGCAGGAGUUUAUUGACAGUGAUGGCACUCGUCCCAUUGUGACCAGGACAGUAAAGGCCCCCACAACCAAACCAACUCCACCCACAGGAAACCUGCAGAAACUGCCCGUCUGCGACAAGUGUGGGAAUGGGAUUGUCGGGACAGUGGUGAAAGCUCGAGACAAAUAUCGUCACCCUGGUUGCUUCGUGUGCUCCGACUGUGACGUCAAUCUCAAACAGAAGGGCUAUUUCUUUGUGGAGGGGCAGCUGUACUGUGAGACUCACGCUCGUGCUAGAAUGAGACCACCGGAGGGACACGACCUCAUCACAACUUUUCCUUCUGCAUAGAUUCCCCUCUUAUGAGCACAGACACAAACACUCAGACACACAUACAGAUGCACAUUGGCCAACACUCCUAUGUCCUACAUCUGAUUCAUGUGUUUAUCUGCACUUUGAUGUUGUCUGUGUGCAAUAAUAUUUUAAUAAGAAUACGCUUUUCUCUCUGAACGUAACAGUUUGAUGCAGCAGCAGUGACUACAAAGAAAACAGAGUGAGACUUGUCAUUUUCAUCAAGCCAGUUUGCUGCCAUUUUCUCACAAUUUGAUGUCUUUCCAAUAAAGACCUCUGUUCAUACUGUAA